GGCUUGAGGCUGCUGCGCGGUGCCAGGGAGCGGGGACCGGAGUCGAGGGGCGGGGCGGCGCUUGCGCACGAGGGCGCCUCAGGAAAUUGAAAAUCGGCGGGCCGGGCUGCAGGGUUCGGGGUCGUGCCAGGGCAUGGGCGCUGGGGCUGACCUGGCGCUGCGGCUGCGGGCAGCGCUGCGGGAGGAGGAGCCGCGGGCGGUGGAGGAGCUGCUGCACCGCGGCGCUGACCCCAACCUGGUGCUUGCGGAUGGCGCGGCGGCCAUACAUCUGGCGGCCGGGGCCCGAUACCCGCGAGGUGUGCGCUGCCUGGAAGCUCUUCUGCGCCGAGGAGGGGACCCCAACGCUCGAUCGGCCGAGGCGUUGACACCAUUGCAUGUGGCCGCCGCCUGGGGCUGUCGCCGCGGCCUGGAGCUGCUGCUGAGCCAGGGAGCUGACCCCGAGCUGCGCGAUCAGGACGGACUCCGGCCGCUGGACUUGGCUGAGCAGCAGCUGCACCAGGACUGCGCGUGCGUCCUGCGGGAUUUCGACAGGAGGACUUGGACUCGGACAAAGACCCAGGAGCCUGUGCCUGAGCCUGAGCCCGAGGCUGGCAGCCCAGGCCCCUGGGGACCUCCUGAUGUGAUGCCGGACUCUACAGGCCUGGGCGGAGGUGACAGCAAGGAUACGGGCUUGGAGGCUGGUUCUGGCUCUCCCAGCCUCUGUGCCCACCCUGAGGUCGCCAUGAAGGAUGAGAGCUCAGAUUCCCCUCUGGGGCCCUGGGACUGCAGCUCAGAUGACUCCUUUGUCACUGCUGUCGAGGCCUCUGGAGCCGAGGACCACAUCUCUCCCUGGGGUGUGUCAUUGCCUCAGACCAGGCAGGGCCUCCUGUCCAUUGUCCAGCCCUCCCAGAGAGUGCCAAGGUCUCCAGGUACCCCACAGUGGGUGCAUCGAGCCAUCAUGGCAGGCAGGGAGGCAGAGCUGAAUGCCUGUCUAGAGGCCCUGACUCUGACCUCCUCAGCUGCCUCCCUCUCCCCCACAUCCCUCCCAGAUGGGAGCCCCAUUCGUAGUCCCCCUCAGGAACCACUGCCUGGAUCCCCUGACCUCCACCUCCUAACAGACGACCAGUUGUCCCUUGACAGUGAUGUGUUCAUCCUCUGGCUCUCAGAGGAUGAAAGCUCCACAGGUGGCAGGGACCUUGCACCCUCUUGCCAGUGCCUGCCGGUACCUGCCUUGUCUGACCUGGAGUUACUACAAGAACUCCGAGCUCUUGGCAAGAGCCCCGGCCCCAUCACACCCUUCACCCGGCCAUGCUAUCUCCGACAGCUGGAAGAAGCCCAGGCUGUUCCUGGUCCAGACUUUUCAGGCUACAGCCCAGAGCUGGCUGAGGCUUUGCGGACAGGCUGUAUCCCCAAUGCCCAGGCAGAUGAGGAUGCGCUUGCCCAGCAGUUUGAGCGGCUGGAUCCCAACAGAAGGUGGCGGGAGGGAGUUGUGAAGUCCAGUUUCACGUAUCUGCUGCUGGACCCCAGAGAGACUCAGGACCUGCCAGCUCGAGCCUUCUCACUGACCCCAGUUGAAUGCCUUCAGACUUUUGUUCAUGCUAUCUUCUAUGUGGGCAAGGGGACACGAGCCCGACCAGAUGUCCACCUCUGGGAAGCCCUCAGCCACCACAGGCAGCUGGGAAAACAGGCCUGCCCCAAGGUACACCAGAUCUUGGACAUUUGGGCCAGUGGUCGUGGUGUUGUCUCCCUGCAUUGCUUCCAGCAUGUGGUCGCUGUGGAGGCUUACACUCGAGAGGCGUGUCUUGUGGAUGCUCUAGGUAGGGAUCCAGACACUGACCAACCAGAAACAAGGGCACUGCUACGGAGUGGUGGCAAGCUGGCCACCAGCCCGGCGCCGCCGCUUGGGGGUGCAUCUGCUGCACCGUGCCCUCCUUGUCUUUUUGGCUGAGGGCGAGCGAGAGCUGCGGCCCCAGGACAUCCAAGCCUGCAGCUGAGUCCUGGGGAAUUGGCCAUCCAGCCUAAGGUGUUUGAGUGUUGCGGCUGCCCCAUGCUGAAAGCAGCCACCGACCUCCAGCUCUACCCAAGUUGCACAGCAGGGCCGAUGUCCCCCUCAGGCUGAGGGGAGGUUUGUUACAGAUGGAACUGCUGGAGAGGUAGUGAGCUCCCAUCAUGGGAGAACAGAUAGGGAGCAGAGGUUCUUUGAAACAUUUGGUGACUGAAUAUGCUGGUGCUUUGGCAGUUUGGUCCUGUCUGUGUGGACAGAGUCCACUUUGAUCUCCCUGGUAUGGGGGACCCACAGUGUGGGCUGGGCUGGGUGAAUCUGCCCAGCUCAAGAGCUAGAUUUUGCUACUUGCCCACUGUGGGACCUCAGACCAAUAAUUUGUCUCUCUGAGCCUGUUUCCUCCACUGUACAGUGAGAGGAGACAUUGAAAGGUCCUACCUCAAGGGAUCAUUGUGGAAAUCGGAUUCAAUGAAGUCAUGUGGCUGAAGUAUGUGGCUCAGACCUGUAUCAAGCCACAGUUGCCCUUCAGCCCAGGUGGAAAGUCUUCAGGGAAAGGGUAAAUGCUGUGAAGCUCUCAAGGGCCUGACUGUGUGUGAGCAGGGCCGGGGAGGUCUUCAGGGUGUGGGUGAAUUACUAACCCUCCACAGGAUCAGUGUGCAACUUGAGCCUCCUGGUGUUGCCUCUCUGACCCUGUUUCUUCUACUAUAAAAUGGGAUCAAUAACCCCAACCUCCUGGUGAAGCAACUUGAUUUCAGAUCAUUCACAUAUGUUAGAGCAUGGGUAAAACUGUAACAUUUCCAGAGUAUCUCACCUGGCUUUAGUGCAUCUGCAUAUCCUCAGCGGUGGAGAAAAGUUCAUCUCCAUAUUAAUGGGUGAUUACCUGGGCAACGGAGGGCUUGUCUGUACCUGAGAGGUGAGGGGGAGGGCCGGUUUUGCUGUUGCUGGAGCAGGAGAGAGAAACAGCCCAGGACUGCAGUUUUGUAAGCAAUAAAUGAGUUUUAAACUUUAUUUCUCCCUUUGACUGAUUUCAGUUUUUAGAGGUAUUCUGCCCGGGAUUUCCUUUCCCCAGGAUUUCCUUUCCCCAGACUUACAUCUGGCGUAGUCAGUAGGAUUCCUCUGAACCCGAAAUCUGUCAUAAUGGGUGCAACCUUUGGGAGGGCUGCCCCGAGAAAUGAUGGGGAGAAGUGGUGCUUGUGCAGAGGGGUGUGUGUCUACACCAUGUGGUCGUGGAGGCGCCACCACCGCUGCUGGCCGCGCUGACCCCAGCCGGUGGCCUGAGCCUAAGGCUACUGCUUCUGCCACUGCUGCUGCUUCUGCUGCCAGCUGGAGCCUGGUCACAACUAUGAAAGGAGCAGAGGUCCGGGUCACCUUGACAGAGAAGCAACUGGCUGCUGUGUACCACACCUUGCUACAGAGCACAUCGCCAGAACAGCUUCAACCAAGGUAAUAACCACCUAUUCCAUUGUUGGGUGGGUGAGAGACUGGACCCAAAGGCCAUGGAGUGGCAUGGCACAGACACCUACCAUAUGUCAUGUGACUGGCCAUUUGCCUUUGGCAUCCCCAGGGAAUGAUGAAGCAGAUGCAUUGGCCCACGUGGUCUGGCCAGAAGGAAAGUCUGCCUCUGAUGUGGCCCAGUGGCUACAUCAGCAUUUGUUGCAUGUGGGGCAAAAGACAAUCUGGGCUGUAGCCCAUCGGUGGGGCUUGCCAUUGACCUCUGAAGAAGUCAGCCAAGCCCAGAAGGGGUGCCCUGCAUGUUGUGCAGAUCAUCAAACGACGAGGAGCCUAAAACAUCUCUUUGCAGCCUAUGGCCAGUUGCCGGGGAUUGAGAGCGAUCAAGGCUCCCACUUUAUUGGACAUGUGUUGCAAGGAUGGGUGCAGCAAUUAGGAAUAAAAUGGACGUGGCCCUGGACAUUUCAACACAUGGACUGGUGAUGGCUCCUCUGGCACCUUGGGGAAAAGGCCUGGAAGCUGGCCUCCUGUGUAUUCCUGGAAUAACAGCAAAGUUGCCCCCCAAGUCAUGGUUGUUUGCUUCUGCAGUCCUUGUGUCCUGGAUGCGCCCCCUGACUGCAGCUGCCGUGUGAUGGCUGGAAUGGACGAGCUUUGGACUUAAUCUGCAUGGGACUUUGAACCUAGCUGAACCCUCUGGCUUGAGAAUUAUCAUGAUUGUGUUGCUGUUGUCAAGAAAAAAAUGCUUAAAGAGAGGCUUGACUUGUCCCUAAUGUUUGGUAAAAGUUUUGUGAGCAAUCUAGCAUGGUUGUUAGGAAUGAAUAAACAAGUAUAGAACAUAUUUUGUGCUUAGUGAGAGAUCAUGCUGUAAAGUACAUUUACAUAAUCUGCAUAGGCUGAAUCCUCUGGUUUGAGGAUUAUCAAGAUUUUAUUGCUGUUGCUAUUGUAUGUUAUUGGAUUGGUCAGAAGAGGGGGAAUGAGUAAAUUGUACGGCGAGAUUUCUGGAGGUGUGGCCUGUGGGUAAAAUUGUAACAUUUCCAGAAUAUCUCGCCUGGCUUUAGUAUAUCUGCAUAUCAAUAGGCGUUCAAAGGUGGAAAGAAGUAUGGCUUUAGUGCAUUUGCAUCAUUCCUCAGGGGUGGAGAAAAGUACAUCUCCAUAUUAAUGGGUGAUUACCUGGGCAACGGAGGGCUUGUCUGUACCUGAGAGGUGAGGGGGAGGGCCGGUUUUGCUGUUGCUGGAGCAGGAGAGAGAAACGGCCCAGGACUGCAGUUUUGUAAGCGAUAAACGGGUUUUAAACUUUAUUUCUGUCUUUGACUGAUUUCGGUUUUUAGAGGUAUUUCGCCUAUCCUCUCCCCGGACUUACAAAACUGCAGUCCCGGGCUGUCUUUCUCCUCUGCUCUGGAAGAAGCCAGCAAGCAAACCAGCCCCCUCCCCUUAACCUCUCAGGUUCAGACACGCCCUCGGUUGCCCAGGUAAUUACCCAUUGGCUUGGAGAUGAACUUCUCUCCACCCCUGAGGAUGUCCCAAAGCCAGGCGAGGUAUUCUGGAAAUACUACAAUUUUACCCACACCAAGCCACCACCCUGGUGAGCUGUUGGCAGGAUCAUUUUAGGCUUUCUAGAAGUUUCUUCAUAGCAUCCAGUGAGUUUAGGGACCACGGAUUAUCUGCUGCCUCAUUGGAUUCACCACCAACUCAGCAAACCAAAUCCUGCAGGCAGCGGGCUGUACUGCCUGCAGAAGUUCCCACCUGCCUGGCUCUGGUACUGAGUUCCUCCCUUCUCUGGGGCAAUGGCUGGUAUUAGGGGCCUGGCCUCAGGAGUGGGCCUGUGCUCUACCUUUUUAACCCAGCUGAAGAAACCUCUCUCCAGGCUUCUGUUUCCUCAUGUGAAGACUGGGAGGCCUGCUAGACACCAUGUCUUGAUAAAGUGGUAGCAAUUCAAACAGCAUGCCAUCUGCCCAGGAAUUCACAAACAGGUCACCAGGAAAGAAUCCAGUGACUGUUAAAAGACCCCAGAUUAACAAAAUUUGCCUAACAGGGUUUCCCAACCACAGCCCUAAUGAUACUUGAAGGCAAAUUAGUCUAUGCUGUGGGGGCCAUCCUAUGCAUUGUAGAAUGUCAGGGUGGCAUCCCUGGGUUCCACUCACUAGAUGUGGGUAGCACUACCCCCACCCCUGUUGUGGCAAUCAAAAAUGUCUCCAGAAUAUGCCAAUGGAAAACAGGGGCCUGGUGAGAACCCUAGGCCUAAAAUGCAGGUAGGCUCACAAACCAGUGGGGAAAAGACCAAAGAUGUGGCAACUGCAGGGAUAACGCUGUCCUCUCACUGUCCCAUAAACCAAAGAUGCCCCUAGAUAUAUAUGCAUUCGAAUAAAUACAGAGGAACAAGAGCAUGGCUGUGGGUAGGGAAACCCGCCAGACACACAAGGAAAAGAUUCGGUGGCUUCAAAAUAAAAAUCAAUCUCCAUGACAAAAGUGGCCCUAAAUCAAGUUGGAAGAUAAAAUGGGAUAGUAAGAGGUACAACUGGCCAGUGGCGUACUCAGCGCAGGGCCUUGUAUGCAGCUGGCACUCCAUUAUGGCUGCUGUAAUCUCAUGCAGCAUCUACUGAUCCUCACCUCGACCUCCACAUCCACCUCAGUUGGACCUCCUCCUCCCCUCCCGGGCCUGGGAGCUCUCCCCUGACUUACAGCUUCUGCUCGGGCAAUGCUGCACAAGCAGCCCUUGUGUUCUGAGGAGGGUAGGGAAACUCAGGAUGCA